CCAGGUUUGGAAUCACCCAUGGCCAGAGUACCAGACCAGUCCAGUGACCUGAUGGAUUGCUACAGUGGAGAUGGAGAAGAGCAGUUCUAUGAAGACAACGGUCCCAGUCAAGUAAAGAGCGGUUUCCAGGACCUGAAGGCAAGGACAUGCCAGGAGGCAAGAGCGUGUCAGGAGGAUGAUUGCUCACCGUGCCAGAUGGGCAUCGAGCUGAAGGUCACAGAACUCUCCUCCAGCCGAGGCUUCCGCAGGGCGGUGGUCCUCGUUGUCGCCAUGGAGAAGCUAAAGAGGCAGGUGGUGGCCUGCGACAUGUCAUUUAUGGACAGGGACCUGAUGGACAUCUUCACCACCAUCUUCAAGGAAGAACCCGUCUCCUGUACCUCGUGGGAACAGACCUUGGUGACCGACUCAAUCUACCACUACUUGAGAUGCCAGGAGGUCACCAUCUGGGACCAGGAGCACAAGAGCUUCACCCUGAACACCAUGGCUAAUCCCUGCGAGCUGCGAGCGCUGCACCUGAUAGGUGCUAACGCCACCCAAGAAGUGAAGUUAAACAUGAACUUCUACUACAAGACGGAGCACCCGGCAGGUCCCACCGUGAAGCAGCCCGUGACUUUGGGGAUCAAGGGGGGAAACCCAGGGAGCUUGUACCUGUCCUGUGUGAAGAAAGGCGACAAGCCCACUCUGCAGCUGGAGGUGGUCAACCAGAGCGACCUUGAGGGGAAGAACCAGGAGCGCUUCAUCUUCAAUAAGUCCACCGAGGGGACGUCCACCACCUUCGAGUCGGCCGCCUACCCCAACUGGUACAUCAGCACCUCCCGGGAGGAGGACGAGCCAGUCUUCUUGGGGGCCAGCAAGGGGGAAGAGGCCAUCACCAAUUUCUACCUCAACUAGUUCCAAACCCAAAUCAGCAACUACUGGUUUCCAGCCGAACGCCUGUAUGUACCACGUACACCAUAGGGGGUGGUUCCUUGGUUAGAGGGGAGAUGAGGAAGUUCCCAGAGCUCAUGUCAUACAUGUGGCUCGGGUCGAAGCCCCUAUUUAUUUAUUUAUUUAUUUA